CGUACAAAACUAACGUGCAAAAAUUCUUCAUUCAUUUUUGUACACAAAAUCGACUGCUUGAUUUUUUUAUUUUCGGGCAUGUUGCUGUUCUGAUGACUUAAAUCUCACAUUUUCGGCUAAUAAAAUAUCAAGAUGAUGAAGAAGAAACGUAAUAUUCGGCAGAGGGGUAGGUCAAGUGACAGUGAUGAGGAAAGAGCUGAACCAGUGAGCACAAAAGGAGAUCAAAUUCCGUUUUUGGAGACGGAUUACCACACACAAAUCAAACAACUUGAAAAAGAAAAGUCCAACAAAAAGAAGGAAAAGUCCGAGAAGAAAAAGCAAGGAUCCAGUUUGCUGACAUUUGCUUAUGAUGAAGAUGACGGUGAAGGUGGCGAAGUUUUCAAAAUCAAGAAAUCGAGUCACAGUCGGAAACAGGCCAGGAAAGUAAGAGAAAGGCAGAAGCAAUUGAGAGACGAAGGAGAGAGGGCUACAGGAAGUCCUGAUAUAGGAGCUCAGAAAAAUGGAGGAGGACUGGUGAGCAAUGCAAGCAUCAAACAAGAGAAGGAUGACAUCCCUAGACUCAUCAAGACUGAGGUGAAGGAAGAGAAGAAGGAGGUAGUAUUGAAUGGGAUGGAUGCAGAAGCAGCAGCUUUAGCUCAAGAAGACCUGGAGGAGAUGGGAAAGAAGACUCAGUUUACAGGUUUUAUGCCAGGUGUCAUACCAAAUGCCAACUUGAUCCACGCAGCCCGGAAACGGCGACAGAUGGCUCGUGAGAGAGGGGACUUCAUUCCUGUGGAUGACACCCAACGCUUCCAGUCGGAGACAUCCCGUCUGGUCCGGGAUGAUGAUAAUGACCAGAGUGGUAGUGAUAGUGAUGAAGGGAGGAUGGGGUUCACUGUCAAACAGCAGACCAGCCGUCAAAGAGUACAGGAAGCGCUGAAUGCAGGAGGACUGAGCCCAGAGGUGAAGAGCGAGGAGCACGAAGGUCACAAUGAGGAGCUGGAGAGAUGGGAACAGGAGCAGAUCAAAAAGGGUACCAGCGUACCUCAGGUGAUGAUACCACAGUACCAAAUGUAUGCCCAACUAAUGGCCCAGCCGAGCGGUCCCAGCGCAGACACAUCGACCCCCGACCCAACCAGCUACUACCCCCAGCAGCAGUAUGCCUACUACCCUGCAGAGAGCACUGCGUACCCUGCAGUGGACCAGAGCCUGAUGCUUGGAUCGGCCUACUCCACCGGGGUGGAGUCGCCUCAAGAACAGCCCAAGGCAGGGGUCCCUGAUGCGCUAUCUUUGCCUACCAAGCUACCAGAGAUUAACGUAGAGGGAGUGUUGAAACGGCUGAAGCAGAGACUUGAAUCCAUCCAGGAGAUCCACAAUGCCCAUUUACGUGAGCAGGACAAUGUCUCCGAGAGGCUGCAGGAUGCCGCCUUGAGCUCCACGAACCUUAGGGACACCCAGGGGGAUGUAUCCGGACAGUACAACUUCUUCCAAGAGAUGAGGGGGUAUGUCAGAGACCUUGUAGAAUGUCUGGAUGAAAAGGUUCCUCUAAUCAACGGUCUUGAGACGGCCAUGUUGAAUCUAUUCAAGAACCGAGCCAAUCAGCUGCUUCAGAGACGUCAGCUGGACAUCAAGGACCAGUCAGCAGAGUUCACCGGGAUGUCCCACAAGGCAGCGGCAGGGGCUAACAUGAAUCGCAGUGAGAAAAAAGCUGCAAGGGAAGACGAGGAGGCGAGGCAGAGAAGGAGCGCCGAGAGGGAAGCAAGGAGAGCAAGAAGAAGAAGAGCUAGGAAGAUGGAGAACCAAUUCAAAGAACACAACGAUGGUACCUCUAGUGAUGAUGAAGUCACUGACAGCAUGCUGGCUAAAUUCAAGACAGAAAAGGAACGCAUCGUAACGGAGCAGAGCAGAGUCUUUGAGGAUGUGGAGGAUGAAUUCUGUUCGUUACCAGCGAUCAUCAAGCGAUUUCAACGCUGGAAGUUUUCCCAGGGUGAUUCCUACUCUGAUGCCUACAUUGGUCUGUGUUUACCCAAGCUAUGUGAGCCCUUCGUCCGUCUUGAACUUCUGUGCUGGAACCCUCUUGAGGCCAACUGUAAGGACAUAGAGUCUUACCCAUGGUAUGACACAUUAAUGUUCUAUGGCUUCAGGAAUGAAGACGACUACGACAGAGAGGACGAUGAUAUCAAGCUCAUCCCUCGUAUCAUCGAGAAGGUUGUAUUACCAAAACUCUCAGAUCUUUUAGAAAAUGUCUGGGAUCCUACGUCAACGUUACAAACCCAUCGUUUAAUAGACACCAUACAUCAGCUAGCUCAGGAUUACCCUACGGUCUCCGCAGAUAACAAGAACACACAGCUCCUUCUCAAAUCAGUCGUAAUGAGAAUAAGAAGAACCCUAGACGAUGAUGUCUACAUGCCUCUCUUCCCUGCUGAUAUGUUAGAAAACAAAGCUUCCGGUGCUAAUUCCUUUAUGCAGAGACAGUUCUGGUCAUGUUUGAAGUUGCUAGGUAACCUGUUGUCAUGGCAUGGUCUUGUCGCCAAGGAGCAGCUGUUAGAGCUCGCUAUAGAUGGUCUUCUGAAUAGAUACCUCCUUCUCUCACUCAAUAACUCUGAUAUAGACGAAACAAGCAUCGCCAAAUGUGAUAGGAUUGUGUCAAGCCUCCCAGUACCAUGGUUUGAGGAGCUUGAAGGAGAUAGCACUCUAAGGCAACUAGAACCACUGUGUAAAUAUCUCAAGUAUGCUGCUGGACACAUACAAAGCCAGGCAAAGGCAGAUAAUGCUGAUAAAAAGAAUAGCAGAUUCUUGGUGAAGUUAAUCAUCAAGCAGCUUGUCAACAUGAGAGCCAUGGAUCACGCUCUGAAACUCACCGAUGACAUCAGUCUGAAAGAUAUCAAACAGAUAGUGACCAGCUGACCAUCUCGUGGACAAUCCGCUGAGACACACAUAGACUUGAAACAUGCCAUAGAAGGUUUCUCUGGCAUGAAGAUAUCAAAUUGAUGAUGGCUACUUGAUCAGUAGAUACCGUGCAGAUGUUAUGUAGAUCAUCAAACAGGUCAAGAAGCUUAAGAACCAUCAGGGACUGUUCUGAAGCAGAAUCAGAUGCCGCUGAGAUGUGAAAUACUAAACAAAUUGUAUGAAGAUCCGCAACUAGUCAUAAAGAUAUGCCUGACAUCAUGACAGACAUGACCACCUUCUAAGUUGCUAGCAGGCUGUAUAGCUUCAACAAGAGAAACCAUGAUGCCAAAUUUUCAUUCUUCAGCCAGUUUUGAUCGGC